CAGGAAUCGGCAUCAAGGUACGCAUUUUGCGUGGUAGAGAAAUCCAAUUUAGAGAAGAACGCUUGCGCUGCGGAAUUUAACGAGUUGAAGAAAUGUCUUGUUAAAGCCGCCGCGAGCAGCAAUACAAGAUUAUAAAUAAGCUUGAAGCUCAAUCGAUGAAUAUCUGUGAGUUUAAUGCCUUAGCUUUAGCUACGCAAGAAUGAAUAUCAUCGCUAAAAUAAAUAAUUCGUCAUUUACGUCACACUGUCUACUGGCGUUCAUUCUACGAUUAAUCUUGAUACUGUAUGCCAAUUUUCACGAUGAGUAUUUCGCGGUAUCAUACACAGAUGUGGACUAUAAGGUGUUUACUGAUGCCGCUAGACAUGUAAUAGAGCAACGAUCACCGUUCGAGCGACAUACUUAUCGCUAUUCGCCGUUUCUGGCUUGGCUCUUGGCACCAAACAUCAUAUUACACAAGGAUUUUGGAAAGAUUUUAUUUUCCACAGUAGACAUACUGAUAGCAGUCCUGAUUAAAAAUAUCCUCGCGCGACAGAGAUGUAAGGAGACUCUAAAGAAUCUCUGUGCGCUCUUGUGGCUCUAUAAUCCGUUAACAUUGGUGAUCUCUACGAGAGGUAAUGCGGAUUCGUUGGCUGUUUUUUUAGUUAUAGUCACAUUAGAUUUGUUACAACGAGAUAAAAUUGUACUGGCUGGAUUAUUUCAUGGGCUAUCUGUGCAUUUUAGAUUAUAUCCAUUGAUGUUCAGUCUGCCCAUGUUCUUGUCCUUGUGUAAAAGUAAUCGUUUUUUGCCGAACAAGAAUCAAUGGAGACUUGUGUCGAGUUGCGUAUUUUCAAUUGUUACAUUGACGAUCACGGGUUAUUAUUUGUACGAUUUCAAAUUUUUCUACGAAAGCUUUCUGUAUCAUUUAGUGCGUAAAGACGCACGACACAAUUUUUCUAUAUAUUUUUACAUGCUUUACUUAUCUGCUAAUCAGCCUCAGGAUAUAAUCCAGAAGAUCGUUACGUUUCUGCCACAAUUGUUACUGUUGUUGAUGUCGUCGUAUUAUUAUGCGGAAAAAUCCAAAUUGCCAUUCGCUAUGUUCAUUCAGGCGAUAAUCGCGGUGAUAUAUAAUCCGGUGAUAACUUCCCAAUAUUUCUUCUGGUUUUUAUCCUUGUUACCUCUCGGCUUGCCAAAUAUCAAAAUGAGCCUCUGCAGAAGCGUAUGUCUAAUAUGUUCCUGGAUCUUGAGUCAAGCUAUUUGGUUGUCGACUGCUUACAUGCUAGAAUUCCAAAGUUUUAAUUCAUUCAAUGUGCUUUGGAUAUCUAGUAUGUUAUUUUUUGCUGUUAAUGUAAAAAUUUUAGUUGAUAUUAUUAAUCAUUAUAACUAUUGAUUAUAAAUAUGUAGUA